UCUUCCUCCUUCCUGCUUCAGGGGCCGGCGGAGCCGUGUUUGCGGUGUGGAGGCCUGAGUGGACCGGACGGAUGGGCAGCGGCUGGCGAGGCUGCCCGUGUGCCCCUGCCCGCCGGGGGCCCCCCCACCAUGGCCAUCGUGCAGACGCUGCCAGUGCCCCUUGAGGCUGCUGCUGAGGGAGCCACACAGCUCCGUGCCGCUGCCGCUGCCUGCUCACCCCCCGCCGCCAUGGGUAGCGUGGGCAGCCUCCUGCCCGUCCGGCCCCACCAUGACCACGCCAGCCAGCCCUGUGAUGGGGAUCCUACCACCUUCUGCAAGCAGGAGGGGCUGCUCCGGGCCACUCCUGAGGAGCCCCGUGUGUCUGUGCCCAUCAUCACUCACUCCUAUGCCAAUGGUGGCUUCUGUGGUGACUGGCUUGAUGCCUCCUCUCCUGCCAGCCCCUGCAGUGACUCAGAUGAGCUCCGUGAUGACCAAGCACCAAAUGAUCACCUUCGAGGGCCACCCCCCAAGCUUGUCCCCGUGUCUGGCAAGCUGGAAGAGAAUGUGGAGAAAACCCUGAUUCGCCCCAUGGCCUUCAAGCCGGUGGUAUCCAAGCUUCGGAGUGCCCAGCCAGGCACGCGCCUGGGGCUCUCGGAGAGCCAGGUGAGCCUCGCCCACUUGCUGGGUGUCGAGAAGCCCGGCUCUCUGAGCUGCCGUGCCAGCACCCUCUCAGACUCUGGGCGCAACUCCCUCUCCAGCCUACCCACCUACAGCACGGGCUGCAGCCAGCACCCAGAGGUGGGUGCUCUGCCGACCACCCCCCAUGGCCCCCUCGAUCCCCCGGUGGGCUGCCGCCCCUCCAACUCGGACAGUGGGCGCUCGUCCUCCAGCAAGAGCACGGGCUCACUGAGUGGCCGAGGCCGGCCCUCCUCAGAGAGUGGCUCCUGUGGGCGCUCACCCCUGCCUGGCGAGGAGGCCAUGCUGGUGCGGGAGCUGGAGGAAAAGCUGCGUGAGAGGGAGGCCGAGCUGCGGCUCCUGCGUGACAGCCUGGACGAGAACGAGGUGGCCAUCUGCCAGGUGUAUGAGGAGAAGCAGCGUCGGUGUGAGAAGGAUCUGGAAGGGCUGCGGCAGCGCUGUGUGGCCCAGGCACGGCAGGCGGCCCAUGCAGCGCAGCGGGGGCAACAGGUCCUGCAGCUCCAGGUGCUGCAGCUGCAGCAGGAGAAGAAGCAGCUGCAGGAGGACUUGGCCCAGCUUCUGCAGGAGCGGGAGCUGCUGGAGCGGCGCUGUGCCUCCUUCCAGCGGGAGCGCACCGAGCUGGCACCCCGGCUGGAGGAGACCAAGUGGGAGGUGUGCCAGAAGUCGGGGGAGAUUUCUCUGCUGAAGCAGCAGCUGAAGGAGGCGCAGGCAGAGUUGGCACAGCGGGGCGCAGAGCUGCUGGGGCUGCGGGCUCAGCUGCGGGAGGCGCGGGCGCAGCUGCAGGCAGGCGAGCGGCGGGCGCAGGGGCUGCAAGAGGCCGCCCGCCUCAAGGCACUGGAGCUGGAGGUCUGCGCCAACGAACUGCAGCGCCGUAAGAGUGAGGCUGACCUCUUCCGUGCCAAAGCCGGCCGGCUGGAGCAGGAGGUGGUGGGGCUGCGGGAAGCCACCCGCGGGCGAUGCCCCCCACCUGGCGAAGGGUGCCCCCCACCCAGCGAGGAGCCUCGGGGCAGUGUGGGGCUGCGGCGGCAGCUGGAACAGCUGCGUGCGGAGGUGGCCCUGGAGCGGCGGCGUGGGCAGGAGCAGCGGGAUGCCUUCGAGCAGGAACGUGGCACGUGGCAGGGCGAGAAGGAGCGGGUCAUCCGCUACCAGAAGCAGCUGCAAUACAGCUACAUCCAGAUGUACCGGCGCAACCGGCGGCUGGAGCAGAGGCUCCAGCAUCUCCGGCUUCAGGGCGAGGACCCCUUGCCCGAACCCUGCGAUCCCCCUGACCUGCCCUUUGAGGAGAUCACAGCCACCGAGAUCUGAGAUGCUGCCUGCCUUCACCCCAUGUUUGGAGAGCUGGAGGGGCCUCCAGCCCUUGCAAUUUUGGGAGCUGUUGGGCUGUGGAGGGCCCCUGCUCUCCCCUCAGCUCUGUAGACUGCUGGCACUGUAAAGAGGCUGCAGGUGCUGUCCCCUCCCCAGCAUGGAGGUUUUGGGGGUGAGGGUGCAUCCGUUCUCACCGCAGUGAGGGGUGCCCGUGAGAUGUGAGGUCAAGUGGGUGCUGCGUCCCGGCCUUGGGGCCGCCCGGAACUGGUUCCCACUGAUCCUCUUAGUGCCUGGGGAUUAGUGGCGCUGGCUUCAGCCAGGGUCACCUUGGGUAGGGGGAGGGCUGGCUUGUCCCCUCCCUCUUGUCCCUGCUGGCACUGUCACCCAGUCACUUGGCAUGUGCCCCAUCCCUGCCCAUGCCAGCCUCCUUCAUGCCCCUCUGUGUGUUUGUCAGGGAAUUCGUUUCUGUGCCAUUUUAAAUAACUCUAUUUUUAUAGGACCUACCAAAACAUAUCACCCUCUCCCAGCUCACACUCCACCAGUCUGUGCCCCUUCACCUCUGCCAUGGGGCAGUUUGCCCUCAGUGCCUUUCCCAUGCCCUUGCCCCCAGAAUCCCUCUGUUUCCUGCCCCCCCAAAAACACCCAUGCCCCUGUGAUGCCCAGCCUGCCAGGGGAGAGGGGUCUGGUGCUGCGUGUGCCAGAUGGGGACACUCUGGGGACACCCCCAGGGUGGGCAGAGGGAGGUGCCCAUCUGGGCACUCAGCAAGGGUCGAACCAAAGGAAAAGUCUGUCUGUGCCCAGCUGUGGCUUGGUCACCCCUGGCUCCGGGGGGGGUGUGUUUGUACUUUAUUCCAGUCGUGUCUCGUUCCCAGAGCCCGGCUCGCCCAUGUACCACCCAGAAACGGCGAUUAAAAAACAAGCCCCUGGCUGUGUUUUUUUCA